AUGGCGCCGAUCGUCUCGUUCCCAGGAGCCGUGGACGGAUCCCACUAUACCGAAAAUCUCACUUUCCUCCUGAAAUACGAGACCAUUCCUACCUACCGAGUUCUUGAUACCGAGGGCAACGUCCUGGACCCUGCCCAGGACCCCAAGCUCGACAAGGACCUCUGCCUCAAGCUCUACCAACACAUGCUUACCCUCAACGGCAUGGAUCUGAUCCUUUACGAGGCCCAGCGACAGGGCCGCAUCUCCUUCUACAUGACCAACUACGGCGAGGAGGCCGCCCAUCUCGGAAGCGCUGCCGCCCUGACGCUCGAAGAUGUCAUCUAUGGCCAGUACCGCGAGGCCGGUGUGAUUAUGUACCGAGGAUUUACGCUGGACCAGUUCAUGAACCAGUGCUACUCGAACGCCUCGGAUCUCGGCAAGGGUCGACAGAUGCCUGUCCAUUACGGAACCAAGGAACUCAACGUCCAGACCAUUUCCUCGCCCCUGGGCACCCAGAUUCCCCAGGCUGCCGGCACCGCCUACGCCCUCAAGCAACAGGGCAAGAAGGCGUGCUGUGUUUGCUACUUUGGCGAGGGCGCUGCCUCGGAGGGUGACUUCCACGCUGGUCUGAACAUUGCCGCCACCACCGAGAGCCCCGUCAUUUUCUUCUGUCGCAACAACGGCUACGCCAUCUCGACCCCGGCCCGUGAGCAGUACCGCGGCGACGGCAUUGCGAGCCGCGGUCACGGUUACGGCAUGGCCACCGCCCGAGUGGACGGCAACGACAUCCUUGCCGUCUACAACACCAUGAAGGAGGCGAGACGAAUCGCCGUCGAAGAGGGCCGCCCUGUGCUCAUCGAGGCCUUGACUUACCGCGUCGGCCACCACAGUACCUCGGAUGACUCGUCUGCGUACCGCUCCAAGAAGGAGGUGAGCGACUGGCAGCGACUGGACUCGCCCAUCAACCGCUUCCGCAAGUACCUUGAGAACAAGGGCUGGUGGGACAACGAGAAGGAGGCAGCCUUCAAGAAGUCGAGCCGUGCCGAGAUUCUUGCUGCCUUUGCUCGUGCCGAGAAGCAGAAGAAGCCCCCGAUCGAGAACAUGUUCACCGAUGUCUACGACGAGCUCCCCUGGAACCUCCAGGAGCAAAAGGCCGAGCUCGCCGAGUUGAUGAAGAAGUAUCCCGAGGCCUACGACGCCUCGGGAUACGCCACUUCCGCACCCAAGGCCUAA